GACAAAUGGUAAUAUGCCUACCUGGGGAAUGUACAGACUCAGCAGCAUGCGAUGCAACUUGCAAAUCUAAAGGAUACCAAGGAGGCGUUUGUGUAUUCAUCAGUGUUGACGCAAAGUCCGGUGAUUGUUGCUGCAAAACUAAGAAUUUUGAAUCUCAUGAUGAUUCUUCCAUAUCUGAUGCUACCAAUACAGUGAAUCUAUAUAUUCAUCGCCUUGGCUCUUGUAGGCUUGUUGUAGCUUGUCUGGUCCGUGAAGGCACUAAGCCACCGAAAAAAACGAAAAUUGAUUUGAUCGAUCGCUACCUAAGAAUGGACCCAAAAUCGCCGGAAUUUAUCAUGGAUCCGCCGCUUCACAGCUUAGGAUUCGUGUUCGAAGAGCUCUCCGCCACCAGAGUUUCCGGCCGCCUCACCGUAACUGAAAAAUGCUGCCAGCCGUUCAAGGUCCUUCACGGCGGCGUAUCCGCUCUGAUAGCCGAGGGAGUCGCUAGUCUCGGCGCCGGAAUCGCCUCUGGUUAUAAACGCGUCGCCGGUAUCCAUCUCUCGAUUCACCAUAUCCGACCUGCUGCCCUCGGCGAUUCCGUCUUCGCCGAAUCUUUUCCAGUCUCCGUCGGCAAGAAUAUCCAGGUAUGGGAGGUCCGGUUAUGGAAAACCAAGAAAACCGAGGAACAAGACAAGAAGGUAAUGGUAUCAACAUCCCGGGUCACUCUCUACUGCGGUGUACCUAUACCGGACCAUGUUAAAGAUGCUCCGGAGCAGGUGAAGAAGUUUGUAUCCAAAUUUUUCUCGAAUUCAGACGUCGAUGGUCUGUCGUUUUUCUUUUCACACACACUGGACUGGAGUGUAGCAGCGAUGCCUAAUUUUUCAGUUAACGUUCCCCAACUCUCAGCCCUUUACAGUAUAAAAACGCCAAAAGCGAAAAUGAAUCUAUGCGCCGAUCAGGUGUUCGACGGAAUGCUGCUGUGUGGAGAUAUGUCAACGAAGUUGAGGUUUGCUUCUUCUUCUCCUCCCGUUUUAAUGGCGGGAUUACCUGACCCGAGGAAAAGCAACCAGAGGAGAUCUCUCAGGAUGAACAAGUGCAGAGCCGCCGGAGCUGACGGCGGACGCGUGACCGUCGGAGACGACGUCUUUUCGGUUACGACUUCUUCUAAGUACGAAGUGGACUAUCUGGGUCAAAGCACCAAGGGAGAUUUGAAUCUCAAGCUUGACCCGCUUCAGUCAUUUGAAAAUGGGCAGGCUACGUUGGAGGGACCAAUUGAGGAGGUAGCGAGGACAGAGGCUCAAGCGGCUGAAAAUCUGAUUAGAGAAUUGGGUAUCCAAGGUCCUUUCUCUGCGCAACACUCUCCUCGUGGUAUUUUUUGUAGUCGUACAUUGAAUCUACGGUCCAUUAGUGCAAUCGGAUAUGAUAUGGAUUACACUCUGAUGCACUACAAUGUCAUGGCUUGGGAAGGAAGAGCUUAUGACUAUUGCAUGGAAAAUCUAAAGACUAUGGGCUUCCCUGUUGAUGGACUUUCUUUUGAUCCGGAACUGGUUAUCAGGGGUCUCAUGAUCGACAAAGAGAAAGGUAAUUUAGUCAAGGCUGAUAGAUUUGGAUAUGUGAAGAGAGCCAUGCACGGCACAAAGAUGUUAUCAAAUAAAGCUGUAAGUGAGAUCUACGGAAGGGAGUUAGUUGAUCUGCGGAACCAGAGUCGUUGGGAGUUUCUCAAUACAUUUUUUUCUGUGUCAGAGGCUCUGGCUUAUGCGCAGAUGGUUGAUAGAUUGGAUGAUGGAUGUAUAUCGGCAGAUCUUGGCACUCUUGAUUAUAAAGGACUGUACAAGGCUGUUGCAAAAGCUCUCUUCAGAGCACAUGUUGAAGGACAACUUAAGAGUGAGAUAAUGUCUAAGCCGGAACUAUUUGUGGAGCCAGACCCAGAGUUACCUUUAGCUCUUUUAGAUCAAAAGGAGGCUGGUAAAAAGCUCUUGCUUAUCACAAACUCAGAUUAUCACUACACAAACAAAAUGAUGAAGCAUUCGUUUAAUAAAUUCCUUCCCAAUGACAUGGACUGGCGAGAUCUUUUUGACAUGGUGAUAGUUUCUGCGAGAAAACCAGAGUUCUUCCAGAUGUCGCACCCUUUGUACGAGGUUGUGACUGGAGAGGGUUUGAUGCGUCCAUGCUUUAAGGCUGAAACAGGAGGUUUGUACUCGGGAGGAAGUGCUCAGAUGGUAGAAAGUUCACUCAACGUUCAUGGAGAUGAGAUUUUGUAUGUUGGUGACCACAUCUACACUGAUGUCAGCGUAUCCAAAGUCCAUCUCAGGUGGAGAACUGCAUUGAUUUGCCGUGAACUUGAAGAAGAGUACAUGGCUCUAAUUGGCAGCCGUGGUCACCGAGAAGAGCUAAUAGAGCUUAUAAAUCAGAAAGAGGUGGUUGGGGAUCUUUUUAACCAGCUUCGGCUUGCUCUUCAAAGACGAAGCAAAGGCCGUCCUGCUCAGACCCUCGCUGCUACCAACUUGGAUGAUCAAGAGCUGACAGAGACCAUGCAGAAGCUUCUCAUUGUAAUGCAAAGACUAGAUGACAAGAUUGGUCUAAUGCUUGAAACAGACGGCGAGCUCUUCAAUAAAAGGUGGGGAUUCCUUUCGCGGGCGGGUUUGUGGGACAAAAGCCACUUGAUGAGACAAAUCGAAAAGUAUGCUGAUAUAUACACAUCAAGAGUCUCCAACUUCCUCAACUACACACCCUUCAUGUACUUCCGCUCGCAAGAGCAGUCACUGGCUCACGAUUCUCCUCUUCCUGAUGCGGCUGCUAUGGAAAAC